AUAAAGUUAAUAAUCAACUUAAUUUCUAUAGUGCCUUUAAAAACUUUAACUACAAGGUGCCCUAGAAAGCAUCAAUGUAUAGAAAACAUUUUUUUAAAAUGCCAAUAAAACAGAAAAAGAAGACAAUGAAAACCAAUAAAGGCAAUGAUACAUUAAGAAUAGCAAGAACAAAACAUUAGAAAGGGAUGAAAUGUUGCAUGGAGGCAUUAACUGACUGUAAGGGCAGUUUGUUGUAGAGCACUGGAGCUAAAACAGAAAAAGCUGUGUGCUUGUUCAGCAUAAAGACUCUGCAGACCCACACAGGUGUUUGUAAUUGCUCUUAGUGUCCCUCCUGUCAGGUGCAAAUGAGUCGUUACAUGUAAUUAUUUCACUAAACUCUGUGCACUGGAACAAUAACAGGCUAGUAAGUGAAAACACCUGCGUUUCUAUACAAAUUAUGUACUCACUUUGCAAAGUAUUUGUUAUGUUAUUGAUUUAAUCAGCAGAAAACCAGAUAAAAAUUCUGCUUAUACUUUAAUGCAUCAGUCGAUAUAGAUUCACUAAAAGUAUAAGUACAUUAAACUAGUUUUGCAAACAAGAAUUGUAAGAUAAUAGAUUGGGCUUUUGAUAUUCUUUCACGUAACUAAAGCAUCUUAGUAUCAUUAGAUGUUGCAUUUUCUGGCUUACAUUAUAGUGGUACUGUAAAAAUGGUUUUAAAAAAAGCAUCCAUCUUCUCUGGGCCUCCAUCCAGGGACCACUCAAGACCAACUUUGACCUUGUGAGGUGAAAUUUCCAACAAAUUUCCCCUUUUCUUUUUUCUCAAAGACAUCCUGACCAAACAACUAAAAGCUGCUUCAGUUUCAGGGUCUGUCCCUCCAUUACAGAGCCGUUAUUAAUGUGAUUAGUAACACCUGGACUUUAAGUGCAGCCACAAGUAAAAAUGUCGGCUCUGAACUCUUGCUUGAAGUAAAAUGCAAAAUAAUAGUCUCCAUAAAUCUUGCAGAUCCAGUUAGCUUUGUGUCAAACCACUAUUCUAAACCUUUAUCAUUCUAAUUUAUUUAGCGUUCACAUGGUGCAUUAUCAUCGGUAAUAUUUUAACAUCAAUCUACGUUGAGCUAAUGGACGCACAGUAAAACCUUCAGCACGAUUUAUAUGAGAACAGAAGUUGGUCUGUUGAAUGUAAGAAGCUUCAGAUUCUUCUCAAAACAAAUGAAGAAUAUUAUUAUUUCUGGUGUACUGUCAUUUUUCCAGUCACCAGUCACAAAAGAAAUCCAUAUUUGCCUUUUUUUCCUCAAAUUGGAUCACUUUAUAGUGAAACUGCUGGAUAAAACAUUCAUAUUACUGUUGUAGCUAAACAAAUGAAAUAUCAAUCGAAGUACAGAGAACCUUGGUGCUGCCUUUUUAACCAGCAGAGGGGGAUCUUCACCCACAACAGAGUAUCUGUCCGUGAUUACGCUUUCUAGGCUGGUGAUUCAGUAACUACAACCUGACCCUAAAGAAAGAGAAAAUGUUCAAACCUGACAUAAACUGUUAAUAAACUCAGCAGACAGUUACUUUGCAAUGUGCUCUAUGAUUUUUUAGAAACACCUCUUAUAUUUGACAUGAUGCAGGAAGUUUUACCAAGAAACUUUUCAAUCAAAAUGAACCUAAAUGACAAAACAUUAUACAUUAUACAUACAUUAAACAUUAUACUUUAGCUUCAUGAGAGAAAGCCACUGCUAAAAAUGUCAUAAUUAAUCUGAAGUAGAAUUCACCAGAAGGCAUGUGGGGGUACUCUGAAGUCAGCUGGAAGCAAAUCAUUUGGGCUGAUGAGACCAGAAUUGAACAUCCCCACACUAAGGCAUGGUGGUGGCAGCAUCAUGGUGUGUGACUGCUUCUUGGCAGCAGACUCUGGAAGGUUUGUAAAAGUAGACGGUAGAAUAAAUGCAGCAAAGUAUCAGGAAAUCCUUCAGAAUAACCUGAUGUGGUCGGCAAAAGAACUUCAACUUGGGAGAAGAUUUAUUUUCUAACAAAACAACGACCAGAAGCACACAGCCAAGGCUACAGAGAACAGACUGUUCUUAGACGGCCAGAUCAGAACCCAGACCUCAAUCUAACUGAGAUUAUUGUGGCUAAACUUGAAAAGGGCUGUUCUCUCACGGUCACUGUACAAUGUGACGGGGCUUGAGGAGUUUAAAAACAAAGAUUGGGGUAAAAUUGCAGUGUCCAGAUGUGCAAGACAGAUUGAGAUCAUCAACAGAGGCUCAAUGUUGUAACUGCAGUCAAAGAUGCACCUACUAAGUACUGACUUGAUGGCGGUGAAUAAGAAUGCAAUCACUUGUUCUACAUUUUAUAGUUUUCAUUUCAUUGACAUUAUUUUAUAGAAAUCUGCAAAACUGUAUUCCCUUUGACAUGAAUGAGUCUUUUUUGUUGAUUCUUGUCAAAAAAGGCAAAUUAAAUUGACCAUGAUUCAAGGUUGACAAAAGAUAAAAGGGGAACAUUUUCAAGAGGGGUAUACAUUUUAUAGGCACCAUAUUGUCCUAUAUAUGAAUGUGAUUACUAUUUUUGAACAGUAGGCGAUUAAUUAUCCCAAAGAGGAGCCAUGACAGAGGAUUACAUAAAGACAAGUAUUGAGAUACUGCAUCAGAAAGAAACACAGCACUUUGUACCAACAGCAUCGUAUGGACUACAGUGACUGUCAGCACUGAGUGAUCACUGUCAGUCGUGUCUAAAAGACGAGUGUAUAAUGGAGGAUAUGAGGACAAGAUGAGCAUCAGUCAUGAGGUCAGAAGUUAACACAUUGAUCAGUUUCACAACAACCAAAUCUAAUGCUAAAUGUGUCACCAGGUUUUUAAGUGUGACAUUUUGGAUCGUCUGGUCUUGUUCAGGGACUGGAGGCUCCUCAUGUUUGUCAUGUGUUGUUCAUGCUCUUCAUGGUGGGCUCCCCUCAGCACUCCACUUUCUUCAUGUUUGUGCCCCUCUAUGUACGUGACAGCAGCACCGAUAUCACAAGCAGCUGUGAGAAUGCUGGCAGUGAGAUAACCAGUAUGUGUGAAUCUGGUCUGAACCAGUGAGGAGGGCAAGAACAUGCACACAGAUGCAUCCAUACGCUGCCCACCAGGACGAGGAGUGUGUCUUUGUUUGCUGGUGUCACAUGUCGGCUCCUCCCAGCUCCUAUAAAACACCGGUGGUUGCAGCAGCUCAGUGGAGUUUGCUUACUUCCACCUGAGGGGACUUCACCGUCAGCCCGGGCAAGACCGCCACUCCGGUGCCACACCGCCUCCAUCACCACCUCCAUCAGCACUGGUGUCUGCAAACCGCCCUGAGCAACAAGCAAGCAUGGCUCCUUUUGAGAAAUCCAUGGAGAUGAUGCCCUUCAAGCAGAGGAAAUGCCUCGCAACAAGAAAAGAUGAAGUAUGCAGCAUUCGAUCAAAAUUCCCCAACAAGUUGCCUGUGAUUGUUGAACGUUACAUCCGUGAGAAGACUCUCCCCCUGCUGGACAAAACUAAGUUUCUGGUUCCCUUCGAGCUCACCUUGGGCCAGUUCCUCUGUCUGCUCAGGAAUAAGAUCGCUCUGGACUCCACCCAGGCUCUGUUUCUCCUGGUGGCAGAGAAGAGCAUGUCCUGCAUGUCCUCCAGCAUGGGGGAGGUAUAUUCCCAACACAGAGAUACAGACGGCUUCCUCUACAUCACCUACGCCUCGCAGGAGAUGUUCGGAGCAGCUCAUCCGGCAGCGAGGCCGCCCUGCUGAGCCCGACACAGAUAAAUGAACUGACCAACAGUGGAGACACCACAUGACCAAGCUGGGAAAAAAGGACCAACUGAGCCAAACUGACACUCUUGUUUUAUUCCAGUUUUGUAGCCCCACAACUGCACAUCUGCCUACCUCAUCAAACCUCUCAGUUGGUUGGCUCUUCAGCAGGCCAAAACUGCACUGGGGUGGACAAGGCUCAUCCUCUGAAGACUUUGGUUUGGAUUGAUUCUAUGAUUGGCUUAUAGUGCUUGUACUGUUCCAAAACCAAGAAAAUAUUAAAAUCAUAAUACUAGUAUUGUCUCUUCCAUUAGGCUUUAAGCAAAUUAACUGUUUUCAUGUUGCUGUAAUGGUAGUACAGCCUGUCUAGUGGAGCUACGCGUCCUUCUCUGCCCGACAACAACAGGGUAAAUAUCUUAGCUGGCUAUCAGAUUCCUUCUUAGCACUUAUCUCCCCUUUAUCCUCCCCUUUUUUUAAUCGCUCCUUCGUCCUCCCUCGAGAAUGUGAAACUGUCCCACAGAUUCAUCAUUACAGGAAUUUCUGAGUCGCUCUUGGAUGUCAUUUAUUGCUGCCCUGAUGUGUUCUGUAUCAAAUAUAUCACAGAAUAAAUUCUCAUCCUUUUAA